UCCUCCUCAUACACCUGAUCAGUGUGGUUUGAACUUCUCAGUCUCUCCUCAGCAGCACUACUACUCUUCUACUUGUCUCUUGAAAUACCUCUGCAAGAAUUCCGGAAGCUGAUUCCCAACAAGAUAUGAAGUUACUCAGCCAGAUUGUUUUUCUGCUCUUGAUUGGGGGAAUCUUUUGUCAGAACAACCGAAAUGCUAAAGCAAGUGGUAAAUCCACCAAGAAGUCUGGUGGGAAUCAAGGAGGUGAUGUUUCCACUGAGGUUGAGCUCACUUCAGGAGGCACUGGAAAUACUGGAGGUACUGGUAACAUUCGAGGUACUGGAAACACUGGAGGAACCGGAGGCACUGGUGGUGCUGCUGAAUCAGGACGAGAAAGCACAGCGGGAGCUCGAGCAGCUGGACAACAGACAGAUGAGAUGAGGCUGCACUUCCUCAAGAACACCCAGGUUACAUGCAACGAUGGAACAGCAGCUGGGUUUUACCUAAAGGAGUUCAGAGGAAGCCGUCGAUGGCUGUUAUUUCUGGAAGGUGGCUGGUGCUGUUACAGCAAAGAGACCUGUGAUUCCCGGUACCAAAAUAUCCCCCGACUAAUGAGCUCAUUGAUGUGGCCCCAAACAAAAAGAGGGACUGGAAUAUUGUCAGCCCAAGCAGAGGAAAAUCCACACUGGUACAAUGCAAACAUUGUAUUUAUCCCAUAUUGUUCCAGUGAUGUGUGGAGCGGCACAGGACCAGCGCCAAACCCUCCCCCGAGACCAAGAGGCCGAGAGAAAGAAAGAGACAGAAAUGCAAACACAACUGAAUACACCUUCAUGGGAUCUCUGAUCAUUCGAGAGGUCAUCAAAGAUCUCGUCCCUAAAGGAAUAAAGCAGGCCAAGGUUGUCAUGUUGUCUGGCAUAAGCGCUGGUGGGACAGGUGUUUUACUGAACAUCGAGAGGGUGGCCAGUCAGCUCGAGCAGCUCGGUGCAGAGGCUCAGGUCCGAGGCCUUGUGGAUUCUGGUUGGUUUCUACAGAGUAAACUGCAGAGAUCACCAAACUGCCCUGAAACUGUAUCAUGUUCUCCUGAAGACGCUAUCAAAAUAGGCCUCAGGCUGUGGAAUGGAGUUGUGCCCGAUAGAUGUCGGCAACUCUAUAAGAGAGGAGAGGAAUGGCAGUGCUUCUUUGGUCACAACCUAUACUCUACCUUGACCUCCCCGUUGUUUAUCGUACAGUGGCUGUUUGAUGAGGAGCAGCUGAGAAUGGAGAACAUCUACAUGGGAGGACAGAGUCUGUCUGAGCAGCAGUGGCAGUACAUACAGAACCUGGGCCGGGAACUCAAGAACACCCUCACCGAUGUCACGGCAGUGUUUGCUCCAUCCUGCCUCUCACAUACAGUGAUAACUAAAAGUAACUGGAUGACUUUCCAAGUUAGAGGCACCUCUCUGCCACGGGCUUUACACUGCUGGGACCGAAAUCUGGAGGCAAUACGUAACAACAGAACCCCUGCCAAAGGCUGCCCAUUCCACCUGGUGGACACCUGCCAGUGGCCCCAGUGCAACCCCACAUGCCCCGUUCUGAUGGACCAGGCCACCCAACAGGAGCUCACUUUGGUCCAGAUGCUAGUGGCUAUGGGCCUUGACCUCCAGAAGCUGGGUGUAGAUUCCCAAGAUGCUGAUUCGCUGGUCAGCAUGGUUAGCAAUGGUGGUUAAGUUAAAAAGGAUGGUGGAAUUAAAGAGGUAGCCAUACAUUGGGUUGAUGGUGGAAAAAAUGUGUUGAAAUUUUUAAUGUAACCACAGAAAUAGUACAGAAAUGUGGUUACUACUUCUUGUGCCGCUCAGCAUUCCAUUAUGCUCCGUGUGUGUGUUAAACUGGUGACUUGGCUGGCGGGUGUGUCACAGUGUCUGGGUGGGAAUGUUUGGCUCUCCCUCUACUGGACAACAGAUACAAGUGCUUUCUAAAUCCCAGUGUGCUGUACUUGUAGUAGAGGAGGCUUACAUUUUGCAGAUAGCCAGACACAUCCUCAUGAUGACACUCUUUUUACCACCCUACAUGAAAAUUCAACCUCUGAGCAUGGUAGUAGAAAAGAAUACUUUUUAAAGAUUAAAGAUUCUUAGAAAUAUCAGUGGUGCAAGCAUGUUGCACCUAUUUGUCAGCAUUGGGAAUAGCAUGAAACAUAAUUAGUGUAGUUAUAAUCUUUCUCCCUCACAUCACAGUCAUUUGUUUCUUUGGAAUUUUUAACCAUUUCCCAUGUAUUUGAAGCUUUAUCAGGAUGCACCACAUUUAAACUGUUUAUAUUUUUAUUCAGCUUGUUGUUGCACACACAGUUCCAAAGACAAUCAUCAUUGCAACUUAUGUCACUUAGUUAUAGCCACAAUCUCCUAAUGCAGUGCUGAGAUAUAUUGCUUUGUGUGCAUGUAAGACAAAAGUGUGAUUACUUAUUGAUACUCAUCUGACUUGGCCAGCACGAGCACAUCACAGCCCCACUACAUGUGUAAGGUGUAAUCUAAAACUUUAGUUCCUGUUUACUCAUUUUGCAUGUGAGGUUUGCGCAAUAAAGAUCAACUUAACUUCACACAUGACAAUGGGGUUGCUACUGCUCAUUGCAUUAAAAUAUAAUCUGUAUCUAAGGACCUACAAAGACAUAAUACAGACUCUGUAUUGCAAUUUAUAUUUCACUAGUGCUUUAAAACAUUAGCAAGUAUUACUGUAUUCAAUGUUUUAUUUUCAUCUAGGUACUGUAAUAACUAUUUCAACUGGUGGUGAUGUACCUGCCAG